AUGGCAGCAGCGGAGCCUGAUGCCAGGCGUGCGGGCGAGGUAGAGACGGGGUGCAGCGAGCGGCAGCGCUUUGAGCUGGAGCUUGAGUUCCUGCACUGCCUGGCCAACCCCGGCUACCUCAACUGGUUGGCCCAGAACAGAUACUUUGAGGACGAAGCCUUUCUGCGGUAUCUGCAGUACCUGCAGUACUGGCAGCUGCCGCAGUACGCCAAGUUUGUCGUGUGA